AAACUCAAACGCCAAUAUUUUGUAUGUGUUGAUAUCCCUGCCCUGCCCAGUACAAUCUGAUAAAGCAUUAUUUGCUCCUAUUUGAAAUGCUUUUUUGUCUGUAUUAAAUUUGUAUAAUCUACUCGUUGGUGCUGUGGAAGAUCUAUAGCCAUAGAACCUAAUUCGCAAUGCCGGCAUACCACUCCACGUUCACUGAGUCGAAUAACUCUGUUGGGAAUUUGGCUCUUUUGCCUCUGAGAACACAACAUCGAGGACCUGCUCCAACCACUGCAGAUAAGGACAUAAUUGAUGAAGCUAUUUAUUUCUUCAAAGCGAAUGUUUUCUUUCGCACUUAUGAGAUCAAGAGUGAUGCAGACAGAGUUUUAAUCUAUAUCACACUGUACAUAACCGAAUGCCUGAAGAGGUUACAAAAAUGUGCCUCUAAAAACCAAGGAAUGAAUGAAAUGUACUCACUAGCAAUUUCACCAUUCAGUAUUCCGGGAGAAACCGGUUUCCCAUUGAAUUCAGUAUAUGCAAAGCCCAGCAGCCCUUCUGAAGGAGACUUGAUGCGGCAGUAUCUGCAGCAAAUUAGGCAUGAAACAGGCGUCAGAAUUUGUGAGAAAGUAUUCGGAGAGGAUAACAAGCCCUCUAAAUGGUGGUUAUGCUUUUCCAAGAAGAAGUUCAUGGAUAAAUCUCUGUCUGGACCAGGGCAAUGAAAUCAUAUGGAUAAUAAGAAAAGAUUUGAACUUAGCAAAACGAGGCUUUGAUUUGCUUCCAUCUGAAAUCAAAUCCUUCCAUAUUCUGUACAUAUUAUGUUUAAUUAUAGUUUUUGUAACUUUUUUACUUUCGGGAUUUUCUCCUUGUUUUUAGCUUUUGUUAAAAACUUUUUCUAUGCAAUGUUUAUUUUACAUUUUGCCGCAAUUUUUUAAUUUAUUCGUUGUUAAUAAAUACUAUUCAAGACACCAUA